GUUUACCCUGUGAAGUGGACGACUGAGCCCCGCGUGACGGUCAAGGUAACUUUUGGCUUGGUAUAACACAUGGCAGUUGUGCCCAGGAUGUCCCCAUGAUGUCCCCAUGACGUCCCCAUGACGGACCUGUGACUUGAACUGAGUGAUUUACAUAAGACUCGUAAGAAGGUUUUCAGUAAGAGAAGAAGACCGUAUUAUUAUUCUUACAAAGAACCACAUUAUUUUAUUACAGCUGGUCCGGCUUCGAGAAAGGUACAUGGUAAUGGCAACGAAAAGCGGAAAUUCCGAGGAAACAUUUCUGGAGAGAGCUGUAGAAGUUUAUAAAGAAUGUGCCAAAACUGCUUCCAUCACUAAAGCAACAGUAUCAAUCCUAAAUCAAGAUUCCAAAUCCGACAAAGUGGAAUUAAACAUCUUCUCACAAUGGUCUCAAAGGGAUUUGGAAAGAAAUGAAAAUCUUAAUUUUCAGAGAAGCCAUGUUGCAAGUUAUGAGACAUCUUCUAAGUCUUUCCUUAAUAUCAGAGAGCCUUCAUUUCCAUCAGAAGUUCAAAAUAUACAACUGAGUUGUGUUUCACCCAGUGGACAGCUGCAGGCCAUUGUGCGAAAGGUUCCUGGUAACAAGGGAAAAGAAGAUAAGCAAUUCUUAGAGAUUUGGUCUAGAAGUCACCUCGUCAAGAGUAUUGAUAUCCUGGCUUGUGAAAAGCAUGGGAAAAUUUAUGAAGACAUUCAGUUUGGUUGCUUGGCUUGGUCAGCAUCAGAAAAGUCAUUGCUAUACGUGGCAGAAAAGAAGUUGCCAAAAGCUGUUUCAUAUUUUGAAAGACAGAACACAGGUAUGUACACUGACCAAUUGAAAAUGUAUAAUGUACAUUUUCUCAGUGUCAUGGUACGUAUUAAUCAUAUAUAACUUUGUGACAGACUACAUUACAUCUGUAUAUAUUAUAAGGGUCAUUGAUGAAGCAUAAGGUAAAAAAAGCAUGUUUAAAGAACGAGACAGA